ACAGCGCAAUUAUCAGUUCAUUCCCAAAUUAUUGGAACAAAUGGCGUUUGCAACAGCCAGCUUGAAGAGAUUAGAUUCACCAAUUUCCGACACUCUAAGCGAUGCAUUGAGAAAAUCCCAUAACCCAAUGAAGAAAUGCUUUGGCAGGUUUGUUGAACAUGGGAAGAGGUUGAUGAAAUGUCAAGAUUUGAUGAAGGAUAUUGAGCUAACAAUUGAAGAUCUACAUGAGAUGAACCAUGUUUUGGAAGGCUCUCUUGGCUAUGUUCUAAGUAAAACUCAGGAGGCCGCCGUUGUUCCUCCGAACGUCGCUCUAGCCGUGAGGACGAGCCCCGGUUUCUGGGAGUUUGUUACGGUGAAUGCUGUAAGUUUGGGAGUAGAAGACCUUACUGCCUCAGAGUACUUGAAGUUUAAGGAAGCCAUCUUUGAUGAGAAUUGGGCUAAUGAUGAACAUGCUCUAGAGAUAGAUUUUGGAGCCACUGAAUUCAGUUCCCCUCGUUUGAGCCUCCAGUCGUCAAUCGGGAACGGAGUCGGUUUGAUCUCGAAGUUCAUCAGCUCAAGGUUUGGUGAGAAUAAACAGAAUGUUAAGGAACUUGUUGCUUAUUUGCAGGCUCUUCACCAUCGUGGAGAGAGCCUUAUGAUCAAUAAGAAACUUAGCAGCGUUUCCAAGCUUCAAUCUGCAUUGUUUGUAGCUCAACUAUACCUAUCUUCACUGCCAAAAGACACACCAUAUGAAGAAUUUAAUCACAAGAUGAAGGGAUGGGGAUUUGAGAAAGGAUGGGGAAGUACUUCAGAGAGUGUCAGAGAAACAAUGCUAAUCCUUUCUGAGGUCCUCCAAGCACCUGAUCCAGUAAAAGUGGAGUUCCUGUUUAGCAAGCUUCCAACGACGUUGAACGUCGUAAUCUUUUCGCCCCACGGUUACUUCGGCCAGGCGGGUGUGCUCGGUUUGCCCGACACCGGUGGUCAGAUUGUGUACAUUUUGGACCAAGUGAGAGCUUUAGAAGAAGAAUUGGUGCAUAGAAUUGAGCAGCAAGGCCUGCAAGCAAGGCCUCAGAUUCUUGUGGUGACAAGAUUGAUACCCGAUGCACGAGGGACGACGUGCAAUGUCGAGUACGAGCCUAUUGAAAACACAAAGCAUUCUCAUAUUCUUAGAGUCCCAUUCUCGACACAGAAUGGCGUUCUUCGUCGAUGGAUUUCACGUUUCGACGUCUAUCCUUACUUAGAGAGAUUCGUCAAGGAUGCUACUGAUAAGAUCCUUGAAGUUAUGAACUGCAAACCAGACCUCAUCAUUGGAAACUACACUGAUGGAAACUUGGUUGCUUCUUUGAUGGCUAAGAAACUUGGAAUCACACAGGGAACCAUUGCACACGCUUUAGAGAAGACGAAAUACGAAGAUUCGGACGCUAAAUGGAAGGAACUCGAUCCGAAAUAUCAUUUUUCUUGUCAGUUCACAGCUGAUAUAAUCUCAAUGAAUGCAGCUGAUUUCAUUAUAACAAGUACAUAUCAAGAAAUUUCAGGAAGCAAAACUAGGCCAGGCCAAUAUGAAAGCCAUGAGGCCUUUACAAUGCCUGGACUUUAUAGAGUAGUUUCAGGUAUCAAUGUGUUUGACCCCAAAUUCAACAUUGCUGCUCCUGGAGCUGAUCAAUCUGUUUACUUUCCGUUCACCGAGAUAUCGAAACGACUGACGAAUUAUCAUCCCGAAAUCGAGGAGCUUCUUUAUAGCAGAGAAAACAAUGAUGAACACAUAGGUUACCUUGCAGAUAGGGAGAAACCAAUAAUCUUCUCAAUGGCAAGGCUUGACACAGUAAAAAACAUUACUGGAUUAACUGAAUGGUAUGGUAAAAACAGGAAGCUGAGAAGUUUAGUAAACCUUGUGGUUGUGGCUGGAUUCUUUGAUCCAUCAAAAUCAAAGGACAGGGAAGAAAUUGCAGAGAUAAAAAAGAUGCAUUCCCUGAUAGAAAAAUAUAAACUCAGGGGGCAAAUCAGAUGGAUAUCAGCUCAAACCGAUCGGUAUCGUAACGGUGAGCUAUACCGGUGCAUUGCUGAUACAAAAGGAGCCUUUGUGCAGCCUGCACUUUAUGAAGCUUUUGGCCUAACAGUCAUUGAAGCAAUGAACUGUGGAUUGCCAACUUUUGCAACAAACCAAGGAGGCCCGGCUGAGAUUAUUGUCGACGGGGUCUCGGGCUUUCAUGUCGAUCCGAACAAUGGCGACGAAUCGAGCAAAAAGAUCGUUGAUUUCUUUGAGAAGUGCAAGUUUGAUUCUGGCUAUUGGAACAUGAUAUCAGAAGCUGGCCUUCAGAGAAUAUAUGAAUGCUACACUUGGAAAAUAUAUGCAAGGAAAGCUCUGAAUAUGGGAUCGAUUUAUGGGUUUUGGAGGCAGCUAAACAAAGAACAGAAACAGGCCAAGAUGAGAUACAUUCACAUGUUCUACUCUCUGUUGUUUAGAAAAUUGGUGAAGAACGUUCCAAUCCCUAGUGAAGAAACCUUGCCAGCAACCGUGACGCCGCAGCCGACACCGGAGCUACGUUUCCGGGGUUCGGCUGCUCCUCAGCCUCGGCUGGGACAAAGGAAUGGAGGGAAUUCAGUGGAGCAGCAGCAGGGCCAGAGUGGCAAUGGGCUAUCAAAAACCAUAAAAGGAAUAUGCUUUUUGACUGGCUCUCUCUUGGCGGCUUACUUUAUGCUGCACAAGAUUUCUGGAGUAGAUCAAGCCUAUGUUGAUUUACCAUUAUAGCCUUUGAAUUAUUCAACUUUAUUUAUGUAAAUUAAUUAUGAUAAUUACUGCCUCUUGAGGCUGCCAACCUACAUCAAUAAAAUUUACCCCACACACUAACCAAUUUACCCACAUCAA